AUGAAAAGUGCUAUUACACUUGUAAGAAUAAUAACUAUUGAUAUAGCUAAAUAAAUGGAAUUAUUCAAAAAGGUAAAUACAUAACUUUUCUGAAAUUUAAGAUGGCAUUGUGUUUGCUUAAUUAUUAGAAGAUUAGUAAAUAUAUUCUUCAACAUUUGUAGUCUAGAUAUGGAUGUUAGAAGAGUAAUAUGGAACUAAAUUAUUAAUAAUGUACAAUUAGCAAGAAAAAAAUAUAAACUAGAAAUUAUAGAGUUUGAUGAUGACAUAAUACUUUCUGAUUGCAAUUUAGAUUUGGCAAAAUUUAUAAAGUACUUUAUAGAUACACUGUUAAGAGUAAAUUCUUAAUAGUUAGUGGAAAUGAUGUAAUAAUUGCUACCACAAUAAUAAUAAGAAAUUAUGGGAUUUUUGUAAAAUCAAAUUGUAGAUAUUGGAAUAUUUCAAGAUUGUGGAUAAUUUGAGCAUUAGACAACAAAUACAAUAAUUACUUUAGAAGAAAAUCUUAAUACAAAAGAUAGUAUCAUUGCACAACAAAAUAAAUAAAUUGAAUUAAUGAAAAUUGAAUUUUAAAAUAAAUAUUCUGAUUAACAAAUUAAAAUUACUGAAUUACGUGAAAGAAAUGAAUAAUUAUAUGAAUCAGAAGCAUUCUUUUUAUCAAAACUUAAUUGUUGUGAUUUUGAAGAAGUAUUUAAUAAAUUUGAAGAAUAUAUAAAAGAAAUAGAAAACAGCAAACAAAUAAUUGAAGAUAUGAAUGAUCUAAUAUAAAAUCAAUAAAAGGAGAUAGCUAAAGUUUAAUAAAAGAACUAAACCCUUAAAUCAUAAUUAUUAUCUUGUCCACCAACAGCAAGAUCUAUUGAGCCAGAAUAAUAAUAAAUAAUAAUUAAAGAUCCAUAAGAAUAGAGAACUAUAGAAAAAUUAAACGCUUAAAUUUAAGGAUUAAAAGAAGAUCAUUAAAGAAUUUUAGGAUUAAAACAAAUAUAGUAUGAGUCAGAAUUAACAAAAUUAAGGAGAAAUCUUUAUGAAGCAGAAUAAGAAGCAGCAUCUUUUAAAAAGAAAAUGUAGAAGUUUAAAUUAGAAUUAGAAGAAUAUUAAAAUAUGAAUUAAUAUGAAAAGAAAAUUCCAUUUGAAAGUUUAAGACAUCAAGGAGUAUAUUCAUCAAAUAAUAGCUAUAUAGUUGAAAUUGAUUAAAGAUUUGGACAAUCACCAAAAUCAACAUGUCUUGAUUUUUUUUAAUCUUAAAAUAAAUCUGAAAUAGAUCAUGCUAUUUCUCAUAAUAAUUAAUCAUUAAAAUAUACAGAUGAAACUAAUGUAACAAAAUUAUAGUUAUAAUUAACUGAAAAAUCAAAUAAGAUUAUAUAAUUAGAAAGAUAAUUAAAUUUAUUCUAAUAAAGUUCUCAUUCAAGAAGGAAUUCAAUGACAAAAUAUAAUUAAUCUUAAUAAGAAAGACUUUUUGAUUAAUCUUCAAUUAUAGAAGUAUAUUUAUAUCUAUUAUUUAAGAAUUUAAGAUUUUAUAUGCAAUAAUCAUCAGAAAAAGAUUAGGAAAUAAAUGAUAUUAGAGCAUAAUAGAAUAAAAAUUUUAUUGAUUUAUGCAAAUAAAUAAUAAAAUAAAAUGAAUAAAUACAAAAAUUAAAUGCCAUAAUUAUGAAUAAUCACACUGCAGAUUAAAUGCAAGAUAUUAAAGAGAAACAUUAAAAUGAUUUACAAGCUUUAAAUCAAUAUUAUGUUGAAGUAUUAAAUAAUAAAGAUGAGUAACUUCAUUUAAUAAUUUCUCUAUUUUAUGAUGUAGUCAAAUGA